AUGGGGGCUGCAAAGGAUACGGUAGUGAACACUGGCUGCUCUUCCCUCCUCUGGCUAGCAUUCCUUCUCCAUGUAGGCGACAGCCUGGGUAUAGCCCUCCCUCAAUCCAAGGAGGCGAAGACCUCGCCGUCAUAUAUUGUCGCAGAUGUUGCCAGCUACAUUGCAUCUCUUCCCCGGUCUCGGCAUCACGACGAGGAGGCUCUGGUCCAGGGUGCCGACGUGGCGAGGUCUCGCGCGACGUUGCAGGCAGCAGCUACGACGCAGGAUCGGGCGCUGCUAGAAGAGGCCUUUGAGAUUAGAGAGGAGUCGCGAAUGGAAGCAGAGAACGCCCGAGGCGCGAAUGAGUCGGGUCAGGGCUACGUGCUCUUCGAGCUCUCACGGUUUGAGGAGCAGUUGGACCGUUUUGGUCACAAGACAGACUCAUCGGCGCGGUCCCACUUGUUGGCUCUGGGUGUGCUGCAGGGCUGA